AUGGCUUCCAACGUCAUGGUCCCUUCCGCCACCCCUGUGGCCCAGGCCUCUCCUCUGGCUUUCAUCUUCGUUUCCAAUGAGAUGAUCGUCCAGUGCAUCGCAAACUCCGAUGACCAAACUGCCGCCGUCAAGGCCAUGACCACCGCCUUGGAGAACUUCAGAAGCUUCAAUGAUGGCAAGCAUGCUACCAUUGUCCGCCCGAAGGGCACGAACAAGUACUGGAUCACCAGUGCUGCCUUUGCCUUGACUCUUGAUCCUUCCAAGUUCAAGGUCGUCAAAUCGACGGAGCACCUUCCAUCAAACACUGCCCUGAAGGUUCAGGUCCCGAUGGAGCAGCAGGUCGUCACUCAGAACAAGGUCACCAAGAUGCGCAUCCGUCGCCCGAGGAACCAGUUCAUCAUCUACCGUCAGCACAUGUCGGCCAAGAUCCAUGCCUCCAACCCUGGCGUUACUGCUGGCUGCAUCUCUCAAAUUGUGGCACAGACUUGGGCGGCGGAGAAGCCCUCUGUCAAAGCUUACUACAAGGCUCUGGCGGAUGAGGAGGAUCGUCUUCACAAGGCGGCCUAUCCCGGUUACCGCUACAUUGCUGGUAAUCGUAACACUCGCGCCGCAUCCUCGAGGCGCCCCGAGGCUCACGACCCGAUUCGGGUCGAUGAGAAGCUGAUUGCCGCCGGCUUCUGA